UGAAUAAUACCUAAAACCAAAAGAGUAUUUUGGGCGGUGUGGGACAGAAAUUGGGUUUGGUGAAGAGCAGCAUAAGCAUGUCGUUGAGCUCGGUUCUCCCACUGUUCAUCCCCACACCUCCACCCACAACCACAAGCAAGAGUCUUCAACUCGGGAGUAGGAAUUGGGCGUUGCAGAGACUCAGAAUCGUUGCAAAAUCAAAAUCAGAUGCGUCGCCAUCAUCGUCCACAUCCACCUCCCUUCUUUCUUUUCUCUGCCCCCUACUCACGCUCUUAUCUGGAAGGGAUCCUUCUCAACCACGCAAUUUCACUUUUGAGCUGGCGUCAUCAUCCUUGGCUAGCUUGUCAAGGUUUGCAUGGGGAAAAAAAUCGAUAGCUGAGAGUUCACUCUCCAAAGAAAUCACUUCAGAACUUCCUUUUAGUUUGCAGCUUUUUGAAUUUGAGGCAUGCCCCUUUUGUAGAAGGGUCCGGGAAGCUUUGACUGAACUAGAUCUUUCUGUAGAGGUCUAUCCAUGUCCUAAGGGUUCUGUAAGACACAGAGAGGUGGUCAGCAGAACUGGUGGCAAAGAACAGUUUCCUUUCCUCAUUGAUAAAAAAAAGGGUAUUUCUAUGUAUGAAAGUGGUGAUAUUGUAAAAUACUUGUUUGAGCAAUACGGAGAAGGCAGAAGUCCAUCAUUGGGGCUUUUGGAGAGCACUAUUUUUACUGGAUGGAUGCCGACAAUAUUUCGAGCAGGUAGAGGAAUGGCUCGGUGGGUUUACGCCAGGCCUGACCCUCCUCCAGGAAAGUUGGAACUCUUCUCAUAUGAAAAUAACCCUAAUGCUCGAAUAGUCCGUGAGGCAUUAUGUGAAUUGGAACUUCCUUACAUUCUUCAAAACGUAGGAGAAGGCUCUCAUCGAAUGAAGUUACUCUUGAAUGCUUCUGGAUCUAAAGAGGUUCUUUCUUCAUUGAUCACAACACUGGAUUUCAAUCUGGAGACUGCACAACAAUCUUAUCGUAUUUGUUCCAAACCUAUUCAACAGUUUAUUUUAUAACAUCCACUUUCUGUAAAUGAAAACUUGUGGGGUGAAAUCACUACAUACAGAGCGUAUUUAUUGUCAGAUAUUGUGCUAUGAACCCAGCCCCUAGAGAAAAUAGUAACAAUUAAUGUAACAAAAUGGUUAAGUCCGGUGAAUAUGUUGACAUUGUUUGAAGAUAUGGAUCAAUGGAAUGCUAUUGUGCCAAAGUGAA